AUGUAUUGCCUUUGCCGAUCGUCGAAAACCAUCACCGUGCGGAUCGUGCUGUUGGACGAGACGGAUUUUCUACACGAACUGCAGGACGAUUUACCCGGCCAAGCCCUGCUGGAUGUGGUUUUUGCCCGCCUGAACCUGAUAGAGACUGCCUACUUCGGGAUCCGGUACAUCGAUCAGGACAAUCAGACGCAUUGGUUGGAUCCGGGUGCCAGACUUUCGCGCCAGUUGAAAGCUGGAAAAGUGCCGUACGAUCUGUACUUCGGUGUCAAGUUCUACGCCUGCGAUCCUUGCAAGCUUGUCGAAGAAAUUACGAGGUAUCAGCUGUAUUUGCAGGUGAAGCAGGACAUUCUUCAAGGACGAUUGCCCGUUUCGUUCGAGCUUGCCGCUGAGCUGGGAGCGUAUGUCAUACAGGCCGAGCUCGGUAACUAUGAUCCACGCAAACAUCCGCCCGGGUACGUGUCCGAGUUCCGGUUGCUCAACAACCAAACGAAGGAAAUCGAAAGCCGCAUCCAUGAGCUACACAUCCAGCUGGAAGGAAUGUCUCCGUCGCAGGCCGAGUUUAACUAUCUGGACAAAGUCAAAUGGCAUGACAUGUACGGUGUCGAUCUGCAUCCGGUGCUGGGUGAAGACAGUGUGGAAUAUUUUCUCGGCCUAACGCCGGGUGGAAUUGUGGUGCUGCGUAACAAAACAACCGUCGCACACUACUACUGGCCUCGGAUAGCGAAGGUCUACUACAAAGGACGAUACUUUAUGCUUCGCGUCUGUGAUAAAAACAAUGAAGUUAGUACUUACGGUUUCGAGACACCAAAAAAGAGCGCCUGCAAGCAUCUGUGGAAAUGUUGCGUCGAGCACCAUUCGUUCUUUCGCCUGGUGCGGGUUGCGCCGAUGCAGGCCACCGGUACACUUGCCAGCAAGUACAGUGCCCGUUCGGAGCGUCAGUCGAUGAAGGACCUGUCGACGCAACAGCGAGUUCCGCCCGCGUUCACCAGGACACCGUCCCGCCGACAGCCGCGACGCGUGAUAAACGAACCACCGCCCGAGGACAAGAUGUUCGAUGCACCGAAAUACAUUCAGCAGGAAAUCAAAUCCAUUUCAAUACCUCAACCGGCACAGUCCUUUGAGAGCCCUUAUCGUUCUACUUGCAGCAUACCUGCCGCAUUGAAUGGUGGUGGUAGUAAAGCGCAGGGCCCUGCCCCACCGGACUCCCCGCGCAGUACCCGCAGUGCGCCCUGGAUGCGGUCGCAGCAGCGUGGUUUGUUUGGGAUUAACUCGAGCCCCAAGUCGGUACGGUCCGCAUCAACGCGUAUGAGUGCACCGGCCAAUAAUAGCCGGAUGCGAUCCAGCUCCGUGGAGAGCCACUCGUCGAACGAAUCGCGGUCGGGGCGUCGACGCCGCCACAGGAGUCGCCGGGUGUCGGACAACGAGAGUGAAAUGAGUCGCGGUUCGGGACGCUCGGGACGUUCGCAUAACUCGCAUCGCAAGCAUCGCCGGCAUCGUUCGAAGAAUCGGCGGAACCGUUCGGACACGGAGAGCCGUGAUCGUAGCUACUCCGGGCACCGGCGAUCGACGGACUCGAUCGAGCUGGUCGAUUCCGGCGAGCAGUGGUUGGAGGUACAGCGCAAACAGCACUCCGAUGCCGUGCCGAAGGCGGCCGUCAUCAAGAGCAGCCAGGUGAUGAAGGGUACGCAUCCCGAUUCUGGCAUUAUACAGCACCAUCAUCGCAGCCGGCGACAUCGCAAACACCGAUCGCCGUCGGAAAAGAUCUGGUCAAGCGAGUUGACGAAGCAUCUGCAGUUCGAUCUGGUCGAUACGACCGGGAUGACGGAGGAUCAGCUGCGCGAGAUACCGUACACGGUCGUGGAGACGAAUCAUGCCGCCAAAAAGCCGAACACACUGAAGGUGCACAAGACUAGUCAUCAAUCGUCGACCUCGUUAUCGCACCAUCAUCACCAUCACCAACCGCACCAGGCGAGCAAUAAUCGUAUCGAUCGGAUACGGGACCCAUACUCGAAGGGUGGCGACGGCAGUUUAGUGGAGAAUGGCAUCAACGGUGGUUCGAUACGAUCGGCUAGUACGAUCAGUUCAUCAAGGGACUACGACCGGAACUCGGGGCUUAUAAGAAUGAUGUCUAGCAUGAGUAUGGGAGACUUCAUUUCUCCCACUGGAUCGAGUCUUAGUCCGUUGGACAGUUCGGGGUUGCGUGUGUCCCAUGAGCACACUGAUUCAGGGCUUGGCGCCGAUCAAGACUAUGCGUACUCAUCAGAAAGAUCCAGUGACAGUGCCAAGUACGGUACGAACAAAUCUUCCGGAGCAUCCGUGACGUCGGGCCACACGAAGUCCUCCUCGUCCAACACGAUGAAACCACACCAUCAUACAGUGAGUAGUAGGAAACCUCCGCUCUGUCCGGGUCGUAUCGGACCCUUGCAAACCAAUCAUCCGCCAGCUAUAACUCAACAACCACAGUCACAGCAACAACAACAACCAUCACAGCAACAGCAAACACAUCUUCAGAGCAAAUUUUCCUCGGUACCUGGUGUACAUAGUGCCAACGGCAGUAACAGUCGCUUGAUUAAUACUAACAAUACACACUAUCAAAACAAUCACUACACCUUCAGUCUAACCCGAAACCCUCACCAGAACCAUCACCUUCAGCAUCAUCAGCAGCAACAGCCGCAACAGCAUCAUCAGUAUCGGCACAAUUUUACUAACAAUCUUGGUGGUCGCGUUCAUCCGGUCGGUGGUGUCGGUAGCAUAGGCAGUGGGUUAAGCACUAGCACAUACCUGGACACGGUGGCAACGCUGUCGUCAUCCGCCGCACCCUACCACUACUACUUCGAUGGGGCCGGUUUCCGGUCGAACGUUGGCCCGUCCGGUGCCGGUAUCCAUGCGCUGGGUGGAUUGGGCCCGAGUACUGGCGGUACCCGCGGCACUAAGUCCGACAUCGGUGUACCGAUACGCCCGAAGCGGCACUAUCAACACCACCAUCAUCAUCAGCAGCAGCAGCAACAGGCACACCAGUACAACAUCACCAGUGUGCACAAUUUUAGCCGCUCAUCCAUUGUCACCGGCCCAGACCGGAAGCAGCGGAACCCGAUGGCACAGUCGCCAUCAUUCAACAAGUCAAUCGACUAUCUGGAAAACUAUAAGACUGGUGUGGAAAGACUUAACCAGGGCAGCAGUAGCUUAAAUAAUAACAAUCCGGAAAGUUUCACCGGGCUGCUCGGUAUGGGUAUUACCGGCAGUCAGAAUGUACUGAACAACAACAACAACACCCAACCGAUGAGCAAUGGACCGUGGGAGGUUAUCAACGGUACCAAGGGUGAUGGGGGCGAUCAUGUUGGUCCGCUGAUUUGUUUCGAUACGAACCGAAAUCAGGAUGGGACACGGUCGGACCUGGAACAAACCGUAACCAAACCGAGUGAGGGCAGUAAUGCCACCCGAUCUGUUGGUUCGACCAGUGGCGAAAAUGGAAAUAUGCAAGCCGAGGUGGGUACCAGCUCACCCACGGGCCAACAGCCGGCCAACAGUGGGGGCCCGGGUGCACAGGGUAGGCGUAACAGUCCGACCAAAGCCAGCACCGAAUCGGUGCAGCUGACCAAACCCAGGUCCCAGGUCGGGUCCAGCCCGGCACGGUUCGGUCUCGGUAAGAACAGCAACCAUCGUUCGUCCAGCUUAGAACUGAUACUAACACCUAUAAUACAGAGCCGACGGUAA